UCCAAAUCCUUUAUAAUCAUGCAUCAUUAUAUUAUGUAGUUUAAUUAUUAUGCUAACUUUUCCUCUUGCUCCUAAUUUUAUAUAUAUAUUGACAUUUUACUUAUUUAUUCAUAUUUUUUAUUUUUUUGUAUUAAUUGGUUUGUUAUUUCUUAUGGGUUUUAUAGUAUUAUGCUUUUUCUUCUUACGGUAUACCCCUUCACAUUAUAUUGUUGUAAGUUUUUAACAUGAUUCUAUUCAUCUUUCAUUAUUCAGUUAUUUAGUUAUUCUCUUUCCUCUUAUCUCUUUAAGAGCAAGAGGUAUUAGAUCUUGUUCAACUACGAUAGUUAAUUUCAUGCAUAUAUUCCCUUAUCCUCUAAAUUAUGAUCGUAAAUGUGAUCCUAUAUAAAUUCAGAAACAGUAGUAUUCCUCUCUUUUUCUUUAAUAAUCAUUGCUUUAUUUAUUUUUUGUAUUAUAAAAAAACUUUUAUUUCCAUUGUUGUUUUGUUACAUUAUAUAAAAUUACAUUUUUCAUAAUUAAAAUGCUG